AUGGGUUUAACAAAUAAGAGCAAGAAAGGGCUUGAAAAUCUCCCAAUAAAAAGAAGGGAACUCGUCAAACACAGGGAGUUGAAAAUCGGUUGGAAGCACUUGAGGCGAGUAGAGUUGAUGCAAUUGCAUACCAACUCUGAGAAUUACCGGGCCGAGACUCUAGGGAGAUUCGAGAGGAUCGAGCAGGCCCAGGUCCAAAUACUCGAAAUGAUGGGACGUAUUGGGCCGGGCCAACUACAGAACAAAAAGGAGGAAAUUGCAUGGAACCUGUGCAGUCCAGACUUAUUUGGAAUGAGAGAAGACCCCUAUUUCAGCCCUACUCGU